CCGAACUCGCGGGGCUUGAUCUCACAACAGGAUGUCCCAAUCUCUCCGCCCGUACCUCCAAUGCGUGCGCUCGUCGCUCACGGCCGCCCUCUCCCUCGCCAACUUUGCGUCCCAAGCCUCAGAAAGACAUAAUGUCCCCGAGAUCGAAGCCGCUAGCUCGCCGGAGGUGUUGCUCAACCCGCUUACCGUGUCGAGGAACGAGAACGAGAGGGUCCUGAUCGAGCCCAGCAUCAACAGCGUGCGGAUAAGCAUAAAGAUUAAACAGGCGGACGAGAUAGAACACAUCCUAGUGCACAAGUUCACGCGCUUCUUGACGCAAAGAGCGGAGGCCUUCUUCAUCCUACGGAGGAAACCGGUCAAGGGUUAUGAUAUCUCCUUCCUCAUCACCAACUUCCACACCGAGGAGAUGUUGAAACACAAGCUGGUGGAUUUCAUCAUCCAAUUUAUGGAGGAAGUGGACAAGGAGAUCUCGGAGAUGAAGCUCUUUUUGAACGCAAGAGCUCGUUUUGUUGCCGAGUCCUUCCUGACUCCGUUCGAUUGAGCGCAUUACCUACAUGUUAUUCGAAUCUGGCGGCAGUCUGUGCAUGGAGUGGGAGUCUGGCGCUAUAGGAAAGAGAGGCUUCUUGCCAUCCCGCGAUACGUUGGACAGCGACUCAGAU